CUCGGACUCACGACUAGCCAAGCCUCAGGAAAUUAUCCAGCACGUGAUCGGGUCGCGGUGUCCUAAAUCAAUAUAUAUAAACGCGUCUUUGCAUUCGGCUAACCCUGUUCCGAAAUUCUCUCCUUGUUUUGAAGAUUUUUCGACCUUGACGACACACCAGUCUUACUAGCUUGAUGAAGUUCUAUCUUGCUCACUCAGCUUUGAUUUAGUUUAUGUUUUCUGGUGGGCGUUCUGGAUCGGCCCCCCCUCCGAGUGACGCAGUUACGAAGAACAAGACAAGCAAGGUAACAUUGCAGAAGCCUGCUGUCCGUCAGCCUUCCAGGCUACAUCCGCUUGCCUCAGGCAUGGCUUCGACCAUUCGCAGGACCUCAACAUCGACGAAACCAAUUCCGUUUACUUUCAGGACUAAUCUUCCUUCGAGAACUGACAGGUCGACUCUCUCACCGAAAACAGACAAGUCGGCCAACGCCGAGGUACCGCCUGUGGCAAAGGACUAUAAUGGAGUAGAAUCCCCGGAAACAAUCGACGAGCCCAUUUACGACCUUCACAUGGUGAAAGCCGCCAAAGUGGAGUUGAAGCAUCUACGGAGUUUGACAGUAGACGCCUCAGACCUCAGUAAGGACCACGAACUACAGACCGCGCCUCUCAUUACAAGAGAAGCGUAUAUUGCCGCUGGAUACAAGAAACAUUCCACACAAUACGGAGUAAUGGGUCAGGUGUUGUCAAUAUGUUCAAAAUCAAGUACCUACGUCCCUGUAGAUCCUAGACUCUAUGUCAACACGAAUACACCGUUUACUGCUGUAGUGUGUGGAGUACAAGGCUCUGGAAAAUCGCAUACAGUUUCGGUCCUCCUCGAAAACAUGCUCAUUCCGAAACUCCAAGAAAUAGGUUCCCUGCAGCAGCCUCUAGCAGGACUCGUCCUUCACUUUGGGGAUGGUGGUGUUGGUUCCCUUCCCAGUGAGGCUGCAUGGGUUGGUGUCCCGUCAAUGAAGGAUGUAACGACGCCGAAAGUGCGAGUCUUCGUGUCCAAGUCUUCUCUUAAUACUAUGAAGAGCGUUUAUGCCCCUCUUGGAAAGAACGUUGAAGUGGUUCCCUUACUGUUCAACGAAACAGAAUUGGAUGCACAAGCUUUUCUAUCUAUGAUGGCUGUCGGGUCGUCAGAUUCCGCGCCACUUUACAUCCAGAUCGUUCUGAGCAUUCUUCGAGAUUUGGGAGAGUCGUUCUCGUACGGCCGAUUCAUGGAGCGACUUGACUUAGAGAAAAGAUCGUUCAACCCCGCGCAAAUUGCCGGUCUUGAGCAGCGCCUGACCCUCCUGAAUUCGUUCAUGGAGCCCAAUCGUCCACAGUCGACCACUUUUGGUUCAAAGACGCACGCCAAUAUCAGCGGGCCCAGAUCAAAUGCUAUUGCUCCCAAAUCGACCCCACAUCGUUUCGCUGCGGGACAAUUGACCGUUGUUGAUUUAUCGGAUCCAUUCAUUGACCCAGGCUCUGCGUGUGGCUUGUUCGAGAUUGUCAUGAGGCUAUUCGUGAGGGCUGAGAUUGAAACUGGAAAGGUUCUUGUCGUAGAUGAAGCCCACAAGUACUUGUCCACAAACAGAGGGGUUUCGGGGCUAACCAAGGCCCUUUUGACCCUCACAAGAGAGCAGCGGCAUUUAGGGCUGCGGGUCAUCAUUUCUACCCAAGAGCCAACUGUGGUGCCACCUGUCUUGUUAGACUUGUGCACCGUCGCUAUCAUGCAUCGAUUUACUUCACCGGCGUGGUGGGACCACCUCGCACGGCACAUCUCUGCUGACGUGUCUGUAGAUGCAGCAUUUGACACAGUUGUUAAGCUUCAGACUGGCCAGUCGAUUGUUCUUGUGCCAUCAGGGCUUGGCGUGUUCCCCCAGGAUGUAGAAAUUCCCGGCACUGAAUGUGAUUCCCCGAUCAUCUUGAAAAUGAGCCAAUUUGAGAGACGUUACAUUAUCAUGAAGACGCGCGCUCGCGUCACGAAAGACGGAGGAUCGUCGGUUCUUGUUGUCCCUCGUGAAGAAGAGAGUGAAGAGUCUGAGAGCGAAGAGGAGGCAUCUGAACCCGAGGAAUCUGAGGAUGAGGAUGAGGAUGAGGAAUAAGUUAAUAACAUAUCUUACCUACUAAUUAUUGAUAGACGUCAUGCUGAUUCUUAUGAAUACCUACUUCAUUAUAGUCUAGUUCAUAUAAGCAUUUUCAUAGAGAUUGUUUUCGUAUGUUUACCAAAGCCUUGUAAAUUCAACAAGAACAAACCGUG